AUGUCCUUCCCUAGUAGAGCAGCUACAGCUAGAGAUCUUGAUGAUUUCCAGAAUAAUCAGCAUACCUUUUCCCGUUUGCAAUUACUUUCCUCGUUUUCCGGAAGUCCACUUACGCGUUUCGACUCUUGGCUAGAAUCUUUCGAAGCUAUAGUAGACACAUCAGGAUGGUCAGGAGAGAAAAUUGUCCAAAUGCUUCGUGCUAAAUUAACAGACAGAGCUUUUCGCGUAAUUCAGGCCAUUUUGAAAGAUCUUCCGCAUGAUUAUGAUUCGGUCAAAGAAGCUUUGCUCGAUCAUUUUCACGGCGACGAAAAUGUUGAUUUAUAUCUUAAGAAAUUUAACAAAGCUAAGCGUAAGCCAGGAGAAAACAUCGUUGAUUAUGCCCUUCGACUUCAGGAAAUUUUCAAGCGUGCAUAUCCUGUAGCUCACUCUGAGAAGUCUUUUGCAAUCAUUUUAAUGCAGAAAUUUAUUGAAGGCUUAGAUCCCAAACUACAGACAAAAGUUAAAUAUAAGGAAUUUAAGGAUUUUGGCGAACUAGUUACUUCAACACGGACGUAUGCUAGUAGACUAGAAGCGUUAGAAACAGAUCGUGAAAGGCAGGAGUUUAUUCGGUCUAUUGAUGGCACACAUGGCACCAAUAGCGCAGAAUUGACAGAGCUUAAGCAAAUGAUAGUAGAUCAGAAAGAAAUGAUGAUGAAGGCAGUGGCUAACGUUCACCAUGAAGACAAGCCUGUUGUGGAAAAGAAAACUGAAAGUGAGCAGAUUAGGGACGUUCUUAGUGAACUCCUGCAGAGCGUAAAGAAACUCCAUCUCAAUAGGAAAGACGUCUCAUACCCUUCAAACACACAGUAUAGGAAACAAGUCUCGUUUCAACCGACUUUAGCUAAUCAGCAAGAUGGUAACGUGAGAGCUCCGCAGCAGCGCUUUAAUAACAAUAAUGGAAAUAGACAAUUUGUAAACUCCCAAAUUAGUUCUACAAACAGUAGUCCGCCAGCCCCCAGACCUCCAAAUGAUUUCAAUAAUCAACCUUUACAGUCGUCGGUUGUUUGCAAUUUUUGCGGUUACCGAGGUCAUAUUCAGGCAGAUUGUCGCCGUUAUAAACGUCAAGGACUAGAACAAGCUCAGCCGCCUAUUUGUUAUUCUUGCCGUGACAUCGGGCAUAGAUCUAACAAUUGUCCUAAGUUCAGAAACAAUAAUAGACCUAACAUUCCCGGUUCUCCUCAACAUCAGGAAAACCAGUAGGAAUCAACUGUAGCUUCGGGUCAGUUGAUGAAGAGCCUCCUCGCAAAUCCCGACAAGUCGCAAAAUUAACAACAAUUACGAAUGAAUCGACUCCAAGAAUUCCGUUAAAAAUUUUCCAGGUCCCGUUCCAAGCAUUAUUCGAUACAGGCGCGUCUAAAAGCAUUUUACAUGAACGUUUAUUUAAGAAGUUACCCCUAGAGGUCAGGCGAUCUGCAGCCAGCUUGACUUCGAUUUAUAUGAUGUAGGAGAAAAUAAGUUACAUACGCUGGGAAAAGUGACUCUGCCCGUUGGAUACGGGGAGACAAUUUUACAGCAAGAAUUUAUCGUUACAAACGGUGUUUCUGAAGACUGUAUCCUUGGAUGGGACGCAAUCCAGAAGCAUGGUUUUCAGCUUGAUGGAGAAACAAAGAGUAUUUACUUAGCUAGAGAUGGGCAAGGCCCCUCUUCUAUUUUUAGGGUGCCGGAAAUGGCAGUUACAGCAGUCAAAAAGACGACGUUACCUCGUCAGACGUCGCUAGUAACUGUAGGCCAAUUGAAGGGUUCAUUUUCGUAUGUACCUCCGAAUUCGGCAUUUAUCUUCACACCAUGUGGGAAUUUGCCAGAUGGAAUUUAUAUUGAAGAAUUUAUAGGAAAGGUAUCGGGAGAUGGAGCAUAUAACAUUAUAGUCGAGAAUCAUUCGUUACAGCAAGUCACAAUUCCACGAAACACCAAGUUAGGCGUUAUUGAAAUCGCUCAGCAGAUUAUCGGAAAAGUAGCGUUAAAUACAUCAGAAAUUAAGCCCAUAGAAUCACGUGAGCCUAUUGUAAUUUCG